AUGUGGAAAAGAGGAUCGGCAACAAUAACGGCUGAAGAUCCAACAUAUAAAGUUUCAUAUUUAGGAAACGUUCUUACUGGUUUAGCCAAAGGCGAGGGUUGCAUUGAAAAACCUCUCAACACUUUAUGGAAAAACUAUAACGAAUCCUUAAAACCGAGCAUUCAAAUGAAAAUAAAAGUAACACAAUCCGGUCUCAAGGCCGUUACGAAAGAUCACGGUCUAAUAGAAUAUUGGUCUCACAGGAUAACCUUUUGCACCGUACCUCCAGAAUUCCCGAAUAUUUUUUGCUGGAUCUAUCGUCACGAAGGCCGAAAAUUAAAACAAGAGCUUAGAUGUCACGCAGUUUUAUGCUCAAAAGAAUCCGUUGCUUCGAAAAUGUCCGACACGCUUAAAACGCGUUUGACUCAAGCCUUGGUAGAAUUCAAAAGGGAUAAAUUACUUCGUCAAAAUGCGAGAUUAUCCCUUGUUAAUUCGGUUUACGAUAAUCCUUCAUUGCCAAAGAGAAAAAUACUUUUAUCUACGGGUUGUCACAAUUAUAAGCCUCCGAUUGAAAGAUCUAAAUCGGCACCAAAGCUCAUGAAAGUAUCCGAUGAUGGUAAUAAAUCCGAUUAUAAGCUCGCAAAUUUAAGUUUUGUUAAAAAAUUAUGUUCGAGCAUAGAAAACUUAGUGGAAAGUACAAGUAAUUACAGUAGAAAAUUUUUCACCGAAAGAAAAUCCAACAGGGAAACAAGUUAUGUAACAAUAAAAAAUUCUGAUGAAUCAGGAAAAAAGUUAGAUAAUAAUAGUAUUAGUGAAAUUAAUUUAAAAAGUAGUAAAAUGAACGUGAAUAACGAAGGAUGUAAUAUCGAUGAUUUCAAAUCGAAAUUUAUUCAAAAUUUAUCAUCGUCAAAUUGUCGGAUAACAAGUGAUAAAAAAGACAUUUUUUUUACAUCUGAUAAUAAUUCUAAUCCCGUUGUGGUAACCUCUGUAAAAAAUUUCAACGGUAACACAAUAGAAAGGUUACCAAAUUAUUUAAGUACCGGUAAAUCGUUACCGGAAGGUAAAAUUGUUGUUUUUAAUUGCGAUUGUCAGGAUAGUCAGGAUUCAUCUCCUCCAUUGGUAAAUAACGGACAAGAAGUAGUCGUUUCUCUUGACGAUGAUGAUGAUGAUAAUAAUAAAUGCGUACAAUUAACUGAUGAUUUAUUAGUUCAAAAACUCACUAGUUUAGAUGUUCCUUAUCAUAAAAUAAUUAAAUCGACGGCACUUAGCGAAAUUAAAAAAUGGCAAAUAAAUAAAUUCUAA